UUGCUUUCUUCAUGUAUAGAUAGACAGAUUUCAAGAACAAACACCAGACACUGAUUUUGCACCUACAUAACAUAAAUCUGCCACUCACUUUCGCUGAUCUGCCUUAUCGUUUUCUUCAUCUCUUUAAUAAUAAAUGAUAAUGAGCAGUUCGAAACCACUUUAAACUCAAAUAACUAUGGAGAGAGAGAUCCAAAGUUCCAUAUCCAUGCGGUUAAGCAGGAGAGGAGACAGGACUAAUCAAACUUCACAUUCUAAAGAUGGCGAAAGUGGCUUAUUUUCUACUGGGAAGUUGAACGCUGAUUAUCCAAUGAAAAUUAUUUGGAAAAGAGGGUUUGUUCGUUUGGUUUUUGUAGCUGGCGUAUUGUGGAUGUUCCUCAUUCUUCUUGUUCUUUUAUUUCACGUUUGGUCUUGCCAAUCCUCUUCUGCAUUCUUUUCAGCUAUUUGUAACAAAGAAAGCAAGGUAUAUUACAUUUUAAACACAUGGGGAUUUGUUGCACAGCAGCACCGUUGUCCAAUCCCUGUUGCCAAUAAUCCUGACAAAAUAGUUAUUCCAGAAGGAAGAACCCCUGACAAAAUUGUUAAAAACCUGUCAUAUAUUUUGGAGGAUGAGCCUGUGAAGAAUAGGUCUCAACCAUUAUUUGGAGGACAUCAAAGCUGGACACAAAGAGAGAAGAGUUUCAAACUGAAUUCUUCCAUGAAUGUUCAUUGUGGAUUUAUACGUAAUGGUGGUGCUAAAAUGGAUCCCAUGGACAUCAAUUAUGUCAAGAGGUGUAGGUUUGUGGUUGCAUCUGGAAUUUUUGAUGGAUAUGAUGUACCUCAUCAGCCUUCAAAUAUAAGUGACCGUUCUAAGAAGCUGUUCUGUUUUCUUAUGGUGGUGGAUGAGGUAUCCCUUGAUUUCAUAAAGGAAAAUGCUACUGUCAGGGAGGACAAUGAGGGGGGACAAUGGGUUGGUAUAUGGCGUCUCAUUCUUCUGAAGCAUCCACCUUAUGAUGAGCCUAGAAGGAAUGGUAAAGUUCCCAAGAUUUUAACCCACAGAUUAUUUCCUCAAGCACAAUAUAGCAUAUGGAUUGAUGGUAAAAUGGAGCUGAUAGUUGAUCCAUUGUUAAUGCUUGAAAGAUACUUAUGGCGUGGGAAGAAUACAUUUGCCAUAGCUCAACAUAAACAUCAUCACAGUAUAUAUGAGGAGGCUGAUGCAAACAAGCGGAGGAAACGAUAUGCCCGACCCCUCAUUGAUCUCCACAUGAAAAUAUACCGUUAUGAGGGAAUGGAGCCAUGGAGUUUGAAGAAAAGCACCGUCAGCGAUGUGCCGGAGGGAGCUGUUAUCAUAAGGGAACAUACACCGCUCAAUAACUUAUUCAGUUGCUUGUGGUUCAAUGAGGUCCACCUCUUCACACCAAGAGACCAGUUGAGUUUUGGUUAUGUUGUGUUCAGAUUAGGUGACGCAUUCAAGUUCUUUAUGUUUCCAAAUUGCGAGUACAACUCCCUGUUUGUGUUGCAUCCGCACACUAGAGAGCAUUCUUCAAAGGUAGAAUGGGUAAAAAGUUUAAAUGAGUUUAAGGGCAGUGGUAGCAGUAUGAAAGAGAGCAGAGGUGGAUUAGGACUAUGGACUCCUUAUCCUGGCAACCUUGAUUCAGUUGUCCUGCCACAAGUUGUAAGAACAUCCAAAGCAGGCUGAGUUCGAACAUUGUGAACUACGAAUUGAUUUUUGUUUUUUCGAGAAAUAAUGUGGAAGCAUUUGAAAUCUUUUGUAUAAUAUUUCGAAAAGGAAAAAAGAAUUAAUUAUUUUAGUACUUAUAACUCCAUUACAUUAUAAUCUCAUCAUAAUCAUAAAUUUUAUUUGGUUUCAA